GGCGCGCAGGUGCAGCCUGGACCCCGGAGCGCUGACCGCAGAGGCGCGGGGUUUUAUCCCGUUUAAACACGGCUUUGUGGAUGAGGUGGAGUUCAGUGAGCGGAAGUUGGAGGAAACCUGCUUUCUAGUUCUUUGAAUAUUUUUCGGAGAUUCACACAGGAGCGACUCUGAGGUAACUGAGACGCAGCAAACCAGCCAGGUAUGGACGGAGAUACAGAUUUGAAUUUUCUCCUGAACGGCGCAGAUCUCGUGAAGGUUCGCUCAGCAUCGUGGAGAAAGGUGCGAUUCUACAAGCUGCAGGAGGACUGCAAGACCGUGUGGCACGAGUCCAGAAAAACUCUACGUCCGAAGCACACCUUUUCCAUUGAGGAUGUCGAGAGUGUUCGCUCUGGCCGGCACACAGAGGGUCUCAGGAAGUACACUGAGGACACGAUGGAAUCACGGGCAUUCUCCAUCCUGUUCAAGAGCCACCACAAAAACCUAGAUCUGAUUGCCAACAGCGAGGAGGAGGCCAAGCACUGGGUGUCAGGCCUGGAGAAGAUCAUCUCCAACAUGAGCAAUCUGAGCCAACAACAGAGAACUGAACACUGGAUCUUCAACUGUUUGCGUAAAGCUGACAUAAACUGUGACACGAAGAUGAGCCCAGAAGAGGUGAAGGUCUUCCUGCAGGACAUCAAUGUAGAAGUGGAUAACGAAUACGUCAAGAUGCUGUUUGAGAAAUGUGAUCAAUCCAAAACCGGAUUACUGGAGGGAAAAGAAAUAAAGCUUCUCUAUGAAAUCCUGACUGACAGGGAAGAGAUUGAUGUGAUCUACAAAGCGUACGCAAAAACCGACGGCCUCAUGAGUGCUGCCAACCUGCUGGACUUCCUGGUAAAUGAGCAAAUGGAGAAGGUCGACCUUAAUGAUGCUGCACAGCUCAUCGAGAAAUGUGAAGUGGAUGAAACGGCUAAAGCAAAGCAGCUGAUGACCAAAGAUGGAUUUCUGAUGUUCCUACACCAGCCCAAAGCGCUGAUCAUGAACCCGACUCAUAAGAGUGUAUACCAGGACAUGAACCAGCCGUUAUCCCAUUAUUUCAUCUCCUCUUCUCACAACACGUACCUUCUAAAAGAUCAGCUCAAAGGCCCGAGCAGCACUGAGGGCUACAUACGAGCGCUAAUGAAGGGCUGCCGCUGUGUGGAGCUGGACGUCUGGGACGGAUCAGAAGGGGAGCCGGUUAUCUACCACGGAUACACGUUAACCUCCAAGAUUCUUUUUAAGGAUGUCAUCCAAGCCAUUAAGGACUACGCCUUUAAGACGUCUGAAUACCCAGUGAUUCUGUCUCUGGAGAACCACUGCAGCGUAGACCAACAGAAAUUGAUGGCCAAGCACAUAAACUCCAUCCUGGGUAGUGCUCUGAUCAGCAAACCCCUGGGAGAAAACAUGCCCACAGCCUUGCCUUCUCCAGAGGAGCUGAAGGGUCGAUUUCUGAUCAAAGGUAAAUGCCUGAACAAACUGGAGGACUACUACACGGACCAGGCCGCUACAGCAGAAGAAGAUUCCGUGACUGAAGAAGAAGACGCCGGUGAUGAUGAUGAGGAGGUGGAUCACGCUGAGAACAAGAAGUCAAAGACACUGAAAUUGGCUAAAGAGCUUUCAGACCUUAUUAUCUACUGCAAAAGCGUCAAAUUCCAAGGAUUUGAGUCUGCGAGGACUCGCCAGGCUUUUUAUGAGAUGGCCUCUUUUAAAGAAUGGGAUGCUCUGAAUUUUGCAGAGAAAUCUGCAAAUGAAUACAUUCAUUAUAAUGUAGACAAGCUGAGUAGAGUUUACCCCUCAGGAGCUGUUAGGACGAACUCCUCCAACUUCAGCCCUGUGCCUUUGUGGAACUCUGGCUGCCAAAUCGUGGCCCUCAACUUCCAGACUCCGUGUGCAGAGAUGGAUCUGAACCAGGGCCUGUUCAACCAAAAUGGACAGAGUGGCUACAUCCUGAAGCCGGCCUACCUCCGAGAUAAAGAGUCCGAGUUUGACCCCAUUACGCUCAUCAGAGGACCGUGGCUCAAACACAUUGCACUUCAUGUGAUGGUGAUCUCAGCACACCAGUUACCCAAAGUGAAGGAGAAGUCUCUCUCCAUCGUCGAUCCCCUGGUGCGAGUGGAGAUCCACGGUGUGCACGAGGACACGUCCAAAAAAGAGACGCAGCACGUUAAUAACAACGGUUUCAACCCCAUGUGGAACGAGAAUUUCCAGUUUGAUCUGUACGUGCCUGAACUCGCUCUGGUGCGCUUCGUUGUGGAGGAUUACGACGUCGUGUCCAGUAAUGACUUCAUCGGCCAGUGCACCGUCCCCUUCAACAGCAUGCAGAUGGGAUAUCGUCACAUGCCGCUCUACAACCAUAACGGAGACCUUAUCCCUUCAGCUCAACUUUUUGUUCACCUCAUGGCUGUGGAAACAGAUUAGGCCUAAAGACCUGUUCUUAUUCCACUGAUUUCCAUCCAGGGGAGGGAGAACCUCUGAGAAAGCUGAACAAGUUUGGUGCUGGACCAGACCAGAAGGAAAAAAAAAAAGGAACCGAUUAAAAAGUGCUGUUUUUAAUACUUUAACCAGCGAGAUACUUUUGAGGCAAAGUCUCCACACGUCCGUCCGCAUCGACAUGAAGCAGUUAAACAUGUAGCUGUAGUACGAUACACUGGCAGGUUAAUAAACUAGAUCUUUUUACUUCUAGAUGUUUAGAGUGCUCCUGGGUUUUUAAUACAUUCCACUAUUUAAGAUUUUACCUGUUUUUUGUCUGUGUGUGUAUGUGAAUGUAUGAACUCUAAUAAAAUAGCCAGCUGCAGUCAAGACUACAAGCUGCUAUUGAUUUAAAUAAAA